UUGUUCACCUGGCCAUCAUUCAACCUUGGCUUAUCCCAAAGAGAGAAAGACAGAGAGGGAAAGGACAACCUGACUAGAAGAGAAGAGGAGAAAACCAAUCAAAAUAAAGAGGAACAGGACCAUCCCAAACUAGGAAGAUGAAACUGCAGUUGGUGUUGAUCAUGGUCAUUCUUCUCAGUGGUGCAACCAGGAACCUCUGUGCCUUCAAACUGCAGACAGAAGCCCACAAAAACCAAAGCAGCUUGGAUACAUACAAUGCACAGCCUGUAGCAGAAACCUCUGGACUGCAGGUGCCUCUGCAGAGAAGCAAGCGCUCCAGCCACCUGGCCAUCUGCACCUUCUGCUGCGGCUGCUGCAGGCAGAAGGGAUGUGGGUUCUGCUGUCGGUCGUGAAGAGGGAGGCGGUCGGAUGGGCGGCCGCGGCACCGUUGACCUGCCCUUCCUCGUACUACCGGACACACACCAGGCUCCUCGCACCGUUCCCAGAUGCGUUCUACUUAUUUAUUAGCUUGGCACUAGUUUUGCGCUUAUUUUGUACUUCCUUUGUUACUGGAAAUUAAAAUUCUUUGUAUCUC